GGUAGCUACUAGUCUCGCGUUGCCAAACCUCAAAGGUUCUCAAAAAGGCUAGGUAACGUUAGCUACUAGCUAGUGUAGCAAGAAAAGACUAGCUAGAUGUUGAAAAUAGUUUUGACUGCUAUUGUAGCUGAAUAACCAGUCGUGUUUUCGUGCAUGUGCAGUUUAAAUUAGAACAAAUUAAAACUAUCAUAGAAGUUGUACGUGAGGGGUCUUCGGUGUAGCCUUGCGAGACUAACGUUACCUUGUUCUGCGGGGGUGACCAUGGAUUGAGGGAACAAAGAUGUCUGCCCGCAUUCCGCUGGUCCUCCUGGCCUGCGGCUCCUUCAACCCCAUCACCAACCAGCACAUGCGGCUGUUCGAGCUGGCCAGGGAUCACCUGCACCAGACAGGUCAGUUUCAGGUUGUGGGCGGGAUUGUGUCUCCGGUGAGUGACGGCUAUGGCAAGCAGGGCCUGGUGUUGGCCAAGCACCGCAUCGCUAUGGCGAGGCUGGCACUGCAGAGUUCAGACUGGGUCUCCGUUGACGAUUGGGAAAGCCAGCAGCCCGACUGGACAGAGACAGUGGUCACAAUGAGGUACCAUUAUGGUCGGAUACUGAAGCAGUACCAAGAGGGCACAGGGAAGGACAGUGGUCCAACCACAAACUCCCAUCAUCUCACAAGCUCCUCUCUCAGGCUGAAGCUGCUGUGCGGAGCUGACUUCCUAGACACCUUCAAGGUGCCGGGCCUGUGGCUGGACGACCACGUGGAGGAGGUGGCGGGCCGCUUCGGCCUGGUCUGUGUCAGUCGGGGGGGCCUGGAGCCCGAGCGCGCCGUGCACGAGUCGGAGACACUGUCACGCCAUUGGCGAAACAUCUUCCUGGUGCGCGAGUGGGUCCGCAACGAGACCAGCGCCACGGAGGUCCGGCGGGCCUUGAGACGAGGCCUCAGCGUCAAAUACCUCCUCCCAGAUUCUGUCAUCAAGUAUAUCCACCAGCACAACCUCUAUACCGGGGAUAGUGAGCUGAAGAAUAAGGAUGUGCUAUUGAGGCCGCUUACCAAGCAGACAGAGAUGCCUGUGAAUAAUCUGGAUGAUUGACUGAGAGACUGCCAUUGACCUUCAUUGAUGGAAGCAAGCAUAUGAUGUGCCAAUAGCAGAUACAUCUACUGACUUUCCAAGAACAGGCCAUGUGGCCCAUAACUAGUUCACUUCUGUCAUCUCAGUUGAAUAUGUGGCACACCACACGCACAAUGUUUUGCCAUCAGUGGUUGCCUUUUUUAUAUGCAGAUUUUAUACACAUUUGUUAAUGUUGGCAAACUUGAUGUAACAGCAAAGACAUUUGUGCAGCAGUGCAGAUGACUAGAGAGACCAGAUGAGAAUUGUGAUUGACGUGGUGGAUUGUAGUAAACUGGACUAGUUUAGGAUGCUCCUAAACUAUUGCUGACAUGUAAUCUGUUUUGGAAGAGAUGACAUCAUCACCCCCAACAGCCCACAGACACAGUCCGGGUAUGUGCUGGCUGGCUAGUCUACAUGAUCAGAUUAUUAUAGAUAAGAGCGAGAAUAUUUUAAUUUGUCAAAAGGCAGUCAAGCAUCAUGACACCAGAAUAAUAUCCUCGAUAUUUAUUGGAAAUGACCAUCAAGCUCAUCACCGUGCACUUUCAACACCCUGUGAAGCUCAUCAUAACUGUAGCCUAAUAAUCUGUAUGCUUUCUUGAGUCGUAGUGGGGGGACCACACACCACUCCAAGUUUACCCCGAUAUGAUGAUAUCACUAUUUGCACAUAAAGGCAUUUAAGUGUAAGUUUAUUUUAUUUUUACAGGGACAGUGCACAUUAAUCAACGUUUCAGUAAAAGUGCCGGUUUUGCCAGCCGGCUAAUUUUCAACUGCAGUCCCUGGGCAGAUUAUUAAAAACAAUUACAAUAUAGACAAUCAUUGAGCAGUGAGCACACGCAGAGCAACAUAGGACAAGCAAGACAUAGCAUACAGACGAGCAACAUAGGACAAGCAAGACGUAGCAUACAGACAGAGCAACAUAGAACAAAAAGCAGCAAGACAAAAUUCAUAAAAGCAACAAAGUGUUUCCACACCUCACAAGCUACAGACAACAGUCAACAUGGAAAGCGGCAAUACAAAGCUAGGGAUUAUGUUCACAAAUCUGAUUGACCUUUAGCCAUGUCUACAUGCAUUUUGUGAAAGUGUGAUAUGUUUGAUAUUUCCUCCACAUUCCUUGCGUAAUUAAUUUUGCGGAUACAAAAAGAUCCCACCCACCAUGUCGAAUGAACAAACUAUUUGUCGGUAUUAAUAAAAUGGUACCGAAACGUUC